AAUUCUCAGAGGACGAGGAAGUGUGUGACGAGAAUUCACCAGCACAGUCCGUCAACUCACAACCAGACGGUGUUUUUUCAGCUGAACCUUUUUUUUGGGGGGGAAGGAGAAAAGAAACGUUUUUAGCUGUGGGUCUGAGACACACACACACACACACACGCGCGCAGAGAGAGAGAGAAAGAGAGACGCCAGUUUCGUCCUGAGGCUGCGACCGUUGAGGAACACAGCACAGUGCGCGCGCUCAUGAUCACCAUCGGCAGUCGCGCUUGAAGCUCUACGUCGCGUGUGCGCGCAGGGGGGACCAGACAAAAAAACCCUAAAAUGUGCACGCACAACGCGUCCGCAAUGACAGAGUGGAAAUCUGCGGAGUGGUGAAGUUGCAGCAGCAGCAGCCGUGCGUGACGAUGCAUCGGAUAGUGCAGAGGAGACGCGCUGGGCCGCUCCGUUCCGCGUGGUCGCUGCUCGGUGCCGUGGCGCUCGCGCUCGCCGCCUCCAGCGCCGUGUUCACCGCGUGGACGUGGCGACAAACCCGAGACCUGACCAGGUCCGUCCAAAAUCUGCGCGAGCGCUUGGAUCAGGUGAAUUUGCAACGCAAGGCUAUUGUCCAGCUUUUCCUGGAGAAGAGGGAGCUCCUGGAGAGCAUGCGAGUGAAGAGAGAAGCUGGAGGGGCAAAAAGAAAAAAUGGAAAUCGAAGGAGGGUGGCCUCUCACUUCGAGAUUGGAGGGGGAAGAGGGAAAAAUGGAAAUGGAAGGAAGGUGGCCUCUCACUUCGAGAUACCCAGAUAUUCAUUGAAAAAAGUUGGGAAUGAGGGAAUCAUUAAAGGAUGGACUGAGCAGGACCUAAAUAUGACUCAAGCAGUGGAAUAUAACAUAGAGACAGGCACUUUCAAAGUAGUGCGGAGGGGUGUCUACUUCCUUUACUGUCAAGUGCAUUUCAGUGAGCAAGAGAGUCAGUAUGUGAAGCUGGAAGUGACUGUCCCACAGGGUCCCUCACUUCAGUGCAUGGAGGGAUACAGCACCACUCCAACCACAGGUUUUAAACAGUUCCACUUCCUGAAGCCAUGCCAGGUUUCUGGCCUUCUGCUCUUAGAGAAAGGUGCUGAGCUCAAGGCUAUGACCGGAAGUCAUUUCACCCUGCAGGACUCAGGCAAACAUUACUUUGGGCUCUUCAAGGUGAACUAGUAGAUCGGCCACACAGUUCAGCCUCAUUGACUGCAUCUUUUUUGGAGGUCUACCACAGUCGAUACUCACUGGCCUGACAAAUCCUUGUUAGUUCUUUUGUUAAAUGUGGUAAAGAUCUGUCUUUUUUUUUUUUUUUUUUUUUAAAUGACACAUUUGAUGGAGUCAAGGCAGUCAUGGACAGUGGCUGUGACGGAGACUAGGAUGUUUCCAAAGGCACCUGGGAAUAGCCUCACUGAUUACUGAACAUAUCGGUGCCCUGAAUAUAGUACUUGCCCGGAUGGUAAAGACUUGGAGACCAUGACUGCUGGACAGUUAAAGUGGAUCUAUUUUGAUUGUCUUGGUUUGGACAUAAGUGCAUAAACACUGACUUGGCUAACUGUGCCUAACUGUUUACUUGUAGCCUGAUGACGGCAUUGUGCCAGACCCAUAGCUGCGUUCCCAAAACAGUGGCAUGGAAAGGUUAAUCAGAUGGCGCAGUGUUGGUGGUGUUAAGACUGCACAUUAAAAAGUGGACAUGUCAGCAUUUCACAUCAUUGAUGGUCAGGUUGGAUCAUGCAUUUGAUGUGACCACCACUGUCAAUAGUCCUUGUUAACGCUGAAGAUUUACCAAAUACACACAAAGCAGAAACUCUUUAUAUGUCCUUAUUACUGACCUUCACUGACACUUCAACUAAACUUUUAAAUGGCUAGUAUAUUGUUUUAUACGUUUUUUAUGAUUGUGAAAAUACAGUACAGAUUGGCAUGAAGUGGUGGUGUGCUAACAACUUACAGUGAUCCACUUCCAUGUGUUCAUUGCUAUAGAUAAAUCUUGUAACAAAAUCACAAUAUACAUAUGAUGUUUUUUUAAUACAAUGCACAUUCAAGUGUUAUAGUUUUGUAGCGAUAAAGAUUUUAUACCACCUUUAUUGCAUUUAAUCUCACUGGUUGAUCAUACGCGAGAUGAAUAACAUUUAAUUUUGAACAACGUGUCAACGUUUCUUGACGUUAAGACUACCAUAAAUGUGAAAGUUUAAUUAGGUCUGAAAUGGAAUGGAAUGUUUGCCAUUUUAAAUGCACAUUGUGCUGAUUGAAUUUCUUAAUCAUACCUCAGCUUCCCUUUUGUAUAUCUGCACCCCCAUUGUUUCCCCAUGCCCUCAACUCUCACUUCCUUUAUUAUCUCAAGUCAAUAGCCAAAAAACCUGGAGCAGCAACAUUCCCAAUUGUCUCCACUGUCUAGUCACCCACCCCCCACACACACUUCUUCCUCUUGCCAUUUUUCUUUAUUUCCAUUUUUUGGGGUUGCUCUUUGCACACAAUCCACAUUUGGAUUGCUGCAGGGAUUUCUGCUGUUCAGAAACAGUGUCCAAGAUAAACACGUCUGGGUUGAGGUGAAGUGUGGAAUGACUGUGUGUGAAUGUAAAUGCGUGAUCAGGGUAACUGCAAUGGCAGUUGAAAUUUCACGGCUCUUUAGCCUGAAUCUGAACUAAUAUGAUUAAAAACUGGUUUGUACUUUUUAAGCCAAAAUUAAAACCGAGCCAGAGAUUUCAUAAAGGCCAAAUAGAAUGUUUGAAAUUUGCAGUUUUCUAUUUGUUUUAACUGUCAUAAUUUGAUUUUACACAAUAAAUAGGGCUAAAAAUGUU